UUUUUUUUUUCCUUCCACACCUGGGCACCCACCUGAGCAAAACCAUGAUCCGGCUUUAAACUUGGAAACUUGGAACAUUUACCAACCAUCUUUCCACAUCUCAGCCCAGACAUUUGGCCGAGCAACCAUCCCCCUCCCAUCCAUCCCCAGCCUCGGCCAUGUCAUAAUUGGGAUCACAAAAGCUGGAACUACCUUAAACAGUCAUUCGUUCCAAAUUAGCAUACUUACAUUUACUGCUGCUUACAGUUAAUAAUACUAGUUUCAUUCAUUUCCCUUCCAAAGCCUCUGGAGUACCGAUCGAGUCUCCGCCGCGCCCCAUCGUCAAACUUCAAACCCGCAACGACACGCCGUCGCAUCCCCGUCAUAUUAGUAUUGCUAUCGUAUAUCGUUCACUAUAACCUACGUUUUUCCACAUCUCUUCGGCCUUGAUUUGUCCUCGUCGUGGUCGCUACGUAGUCAUUAAUUACCCUCGUUCGAGCCAUCGCUCCCGUCGCUGACAAGAUGGGCGGCUUCGGCGAUUUCACCGAUAUCUGCCACACGGCUCCCUUGCCGUUGUGUCCUUCUGUCGGUACCAUCACAUCCCUCUCCAGUAGUGUUGGCAUCGAGACGGACUGCUUCGCGAGAAAUAUCGAGUUGGCCAACACCAUCAUAUUUCAGGGCGCAUCGAGUUUUAUGCACAUCAUUGCUAUCAUCAUGACCGUGGUGAUGAUUUUACACAUCCGAGGGAAAUUUACUGCGGUUGGCCGUAAGGAAAUCCUAGCGUUCUUCUACUUCUUCAUGUUAUUAUCUUUCAUCUCCCUCUGCGUCGAUGCCGGCGUUGUCCCCCCCGGCUCCGAACCCUACCCCUACUUCGUCGCGAUACAAUCUGGUCUCACGUCCGCAAUGAUCACUUGUCUGCUUAUCAACGGUUUCGUGGGCUUCCAAUUAUACGAAGACGGUACUCCCUUGUCCAUUUGGAUGCUCCGUCUCAGUUCAUUCGCUGCCUUCGUCGUCUCGUUCCUGGUUUCGUUAGCUACAUUUAAGUCCUGGGCUGGCAUGGGCCCUGAAAACACCGUAGGCUUGUUCACAGUAUUAUACCUCCUGAACGGUGUACAACUUAUCAUCUACGUCGCAUUGCAAAUCCUGCUCGUUGUCCGUACCCUCGAAGACCGUUGGCCGUUGGGAGAUAUCGCCUUCGGUCUUUUCUUUUUCAUCGUCGGUCAAGUGAUCUUAUACGCGCUUAGCUCCACCAUAUGCCAAGCGACAAGUCACUACGUGGAUGGGUUGUUUUUCGCUACCAUUUGCAAUCUUCUUGCUGUCAUGAUGGUUUACAAGUAUUGGGAUUCAAUCACCAAGGAAGACCUCGAGUUCUCCGUUGGUACCCGGAUGAACAACUGGGAAGUGAAAGAGCUUCUCCCAGAAGAAGAGCGCCGUGCCACCAUCUACACAGACGACCCCUAUAGCCAUUCCACUGCUUAUGACCACAGUUCCUCUCCUAUGGGAAACCGAACGUCCCGUUAUUAGUUGCCUGGUAUUACGGAGUUCUCACAGAUUGAGAAGGGGGAUAUCUUAAAGGGCGAGGUGGUCUGCUUCGAAACGGUUUGAUGAUACUGGGCUGGCAAGGCAAGUUGCAUUUACGAGGCGUUUUUGGCUCGGCAAGAGAAACCGUGCUGGUUUUAUUAGUGGUAUAAAGAGCAACAAUAUUCAAUAUCAGGGCAUUAACACACUGGCAGGACUUGCUUGAUACGGAUUUAUAUGCCUGAAAGGGGGUGCACGAGGUGGUGGCCGAGUAAUUUUGGGCUGUAUAUAUAUACUUUGUACCUAGUAGCUGAUGAGAAUAUAUGUAAAUGGAUCUCUUCAUAUUUAUAUUACUACCUAGAUUAAUGUCACACAAAGAUACCUGAGGUAAAAACUCGGGUGGAUAA